GAAAACUAGUCUUAACCGUAAAACCAAUGAUUGUAUCAAAUAAUGGAUUAUGAUAUGAUUUGUGAUAAUAUUUUGGAUAACUCUUGACAUUUGACACAACGAUAACGACAAACACAUUACUCUAUUAGCCAUCGAUUGAUCCAUCAGUGAAGACACUUCACUCUUCGGUGCCAAUCAUGUGGAAUAUGAUGUGUGAUGUGAUGCCCACCAUCUCUGAGGACAGUAUCUCUCAACGCAGCGGUCAGUUCACCGGAGAUGAGGCCAACUUCGAGCAGCUUAUGGUCAAUAUGUUGGACGAAAGGGACAAACUUAUGGAGACAUUGCGUGAGACUCAGGAACACCUCAACGACACCUCUUCUAAGCUCACAGACAUCGAGAAGGAAAGGGAUUCACUUCAACGACAACUCGUCUCACAUAUGCCUCAAGAGUUCGCGAGUUUGACGCGAGAAUUGAAUCAAUUGAGAGAACAUAUCCUCGAAAAGGACGAAGAGAUACAGGAAUUAAAGGCCGAACGCAAUAACACUCGAUUACUUCUGGAGCACUUGGAAUGUCUGGUCUCACGACACGAGCGUUCACUGCGGAUGACUGUUGUCAAACGACAGGCACAAUCACCGGCUGGUGUCUCAUCUGAAGUGGAAGUGUUGAAGGCAUUGAAGUCACUCUUCGAACACCACAAGGCUUUGGACGAGAAAGUGAGAGAAAGACUGAGAGUGUCUUUGGAUAAAAUCGGUUCUCUAGAGGAAGAGUUGGCCAAAGCGAGCGAAGAGUUGAUUAAAUCUACUCAACAACAAACUCAACAACAGCUCCAAAACAUAUCACAAAUAAAUGAGUCUUCGAUACAAAUGAACGGACAGUUGAGUUCCAACGCCUUAGACAACGACCAGAAGAAUGAAGAGAUUCACUCUUUGGUCGAAAUACAAAGCAAUGAAUUAAUCAAUUCUAGAAACAAAUUACAAGAAUUAACCGCUAAAAUGAAAGAAUACGAAGAAAUGAUUGUUAAGAAUGACAAAGAAUUUGCACAAACGAGAGAAGAAAACGUUAAACUAAAUAACGAUUUGAAGGAAAAUAAGGCACAGAAGGAGGACCAGGAAGAGAGGAUCGCAACGCUUGAGAAACGCUAUUUAAACGCUCAAAGAGAGAGUACAUCACUUCACGACUUGAACGAGAAGUUAGAGCACGAGUUGAUGAGCAAAGAGGCGCAGUUCAAGCUCUCGGAGGACAAGAUUAGAGCCCUAACCGAACGGCUCGAGUUGACUGAACAGAAGAUGGAACAGUUGACACAUAAACACGAGACCCUCACAGACGGCACCGAAACCAGUGAUUAUGAUAUGGACGACGACAGGAAACUGUCACUCGAAGAGCGUAUUUCUCGAUUGGAACAGCAAUUAGAAGAGAAGGCAAACGAACUGUUGAGAGCCCGACAGCGCGAACGCAUGAAUGAAGACCACAAUCAGAGACUUUCGGCAACUGUUGACAAAUUAUUGGCCGAAUCUAACGAAAGACUUCAAUUGCAUUUGAAGGAAAGGAUGUCAGCCCUCGAAGAGAAGAACCAAAUGUCUCAAGAAUUAGAAAGAAUUCAUAAAUUAUUAGACGAAACUCAGGGCGAAAAGGGAAAGAUUUUGCAAGAAUUGACAAAAAUGAGAGUUGAAAUGCAAACCAUUAAUCAGAACAGUAUAAACACCAGUGGUUUAAAUGCCAUUAAUUCUGUGAAUACGCGAAAUCAGAGAAUCAUAUCUCAAGACAGCAAUAAAAAUAAGCAGAUCUUCGAUCAGGAAUGGGAAAAGAUUGAGCCCAGAGUUAUCGCUAAUGUGAACCAAGCAUUCGAUGUGAGCGAUACUGAAUGCAGUCAAACCGACGACAACGAUAGCAUCUUUGAUCAAAUGGAUAUAUUGUCGCCUUCGGGUCACACCGACGCUCAGACACUGGCUAUUAUGCUUCAGCAACAGUUGGACGCCAUUAACAACGAGAUCCGACUCAUUCAGGAGGAGAAACAAAGUACAGAACAGCGCGCAGAGGAGUUGGAGUCACAGGUGGGCUCUAUUGACUCGAUGAGCCUUUUGACGCGAUCUUUCGAAAGGGGAAUAUCUCCGCCACAAAGCGGUCGAUCGACUCCCAAGUCUCGUAUUAGUCCUUCGCGUGAAUACUUAAACCAAUUUUAUGCCGCCGGUUCGUGUCCGUCGGCUCUGUCACAAACUGGUGGUGUGUCUCACAUAUACUCCCAAUAUUCUCCCUCCGCUAGUCAUCAAUCCGAGAGUUUAGCUUCAAAUGCACACGAAAUGAGUUCCGAUGCAAGUCCUCCGACACCACGUGCUCUACGACUACAACGAGUCGCUCAGGCGUUAAAUGAUAAUAAAGGUAUUCCACAGAAGGCCAGUAUGUCAUGGGCUUCAGGCGUUCCGCCAGAUGUUCUGCCGAGGUCUUCACUAUAUGGACCGCCGCCUCCGACUAGCAAUUCAUUAGACGAGUCAGUUCUGGCCCAUCAGUUGCAGACAUGUUCUGCCAAUUCAUCGAUGGAUUCAUUAAAUAAACAAUUAAUAGCUAAUCAUUCACAACAUCAACACUAUUCACAGCUAAUGUCUUCUCAACAAAAUCCUAAAAAGAAAGGCAUUAAGUCUUCGCUCGUGAGUCGACUGUUUUCGAGUCCAAAGCGAGAAAAACUGAAAAGCGAUAGAAUUAUCGGAAACCCUAUUUAUGCCAAUUAUGUGGAUAAUAGUGAUUACAUUUCAUUACCCGAUGCGAUGAGCCAUUUGACUGCUCCCAUGUCUCCACUCGGAGGACAAAAGGCUGACUUCGAUCGUAGGACUAAAAAGAAACACGAAUUACUGGCGGAGGCCAUGAAGGCGUCCACUCCUUUCGCCUUAUGGAAUGGCCCCACAAUAGUCGCGUGGCUCGAGCUAUGGGUGGGAAUGCCGGCGUGGUAUGUGGCCGCCUGUCGGGCUAAUGUCAAAAGUGGGGCAAUAAUGUCGGCGCUGUCCGACACAGAAAUACAACGGGAAAUAGGAAUCAGUAAUCCAUUGCAUCGAAUGAAACUGCGGCUCGCGAUCCAAGAGAUGGUGGCCCUCACCUCUCCAUCGGCUGCCAAACCCACGCAUACGAGUCUAGCUUUUGGUGAAAUGAAUCACGAAUGGAUUGGCAACGAAUGGCUGCCCGCUCUUGGGUUACCUCAAUAUAGGUCUAUGUUUAUGGAGUGUUUAGUCGACGCCAGAAUGUUAGACCAUUUGACCAAAAAAGACUUAAGAGUUCACUUAAAAAUGGUGGACGCCUUCCAUCGGACUAGUCUUCAAUACGGCAUUAAUUGCUUAAAGCGUUUGAAUUACGAUAAAACUCUUCUGGAAGAGAGACGAAGGAAUUGUGAACACGAUAUCAUUGAUGUGAUCGUUUGGUCAAACGAGCGGAUCAUUCGGUGGACCAAUUCUGUAGGACUCAAAGAAUACUCGAAUAAUUUAGGCGAGUCUGGAGUUCACGGCGCUCUCAUAGCACUGGAUGACACUUUCGAUGACUUACAAAUGGCAUUAGCUCUACAAAUCCCCACACAAAAUGUUCAGGCGCGACAAAUACUUGAAACGGAAUUUGCGGACCUUUUACUUAAGGGAACUGAUAGAAGGCCUGAUGGAGUGAUGACGCUACUGUUAUGUCGCUCACAACUGACCUCAUCUUCAGACCCCUUAUCUGUACUCCAAGUGCUAGUCGUCGGCGGCGAUGUUGACGCCAAGAGGAGUUGUGGUGUCGGGAAAACAUCUUUAGUCCAACAGUUCAUCGAUAGUCACUUCGAAGGCAGUCAUCGGCCAACCCGUCAGAGCGGCGAUACCUAUAGUUUCUCAAUCAUUAUGAACUCGAAUCUCUACCAAAUUAAGAUAAUCGAUAUGCCCAUGAUCAACUACUUUCCCACCAACACCUUACUUGAGUGGACAGAUUUCAGACAGUGUGCCCUCCGUAACGCUCACGGAUACCUCAUUGUCUUUGAUCUCACCUCUCCCUACACUUUCCAUUACGUUAAAGUAAUUCGCGACCAACUUUUUGAGAGUCGAAAUAUGCAAAACAUUCCCGUUUGGAUUAUUGGCAAUAAAGCAGAUCUCUGUAUGAAUGUAUUGGCAACCAUACGAGGGCAUAAAGAUCACUACCAUCACCAAAAGCAUCACCACCAUCAUCAACAUGUACAUCACAUCCAUUUGCAUCAUCACUCCGCUCACGAAGACCUGACGCCAGCCUUCAAAGAGUUGGCAAAUUUGGUUAAAAAGCAGUGGAAAUGCAGUUAUAUUGAGUGUUCGGCUAAAUAUAACUGGAGAGUCGUUCCCAUAUUCCGGGACAUCAUUAAGACUAUUGAGAAUACACUAAUCAAUGAGAACAAGAUGGGUGACCAUCACCAUCGAGACACUGCCUCUGUUGAUCACACGGACCAGACUAAGGUCACUCUGUCUGAUGGCCACUCUUCAGGUGCUGUUAGAAAUCUAAACAAUUCGACAUCGAAUGAAAACGUUAGACUCUGUGUUAUCUUAUAAUUCAAUUGAUUUAUAAGUUGUAUUUAAAUAACAAAUAUUUAUUAAUUAUAUUCACAAUUUGACGC